AUGAAUGUUUGUUACACCAACAACCUUAAAAUGAACGUAUUUGCUUCACGAAAAGAACACACGUGCCCACGGCAACCUAUCAUGAGUUGGAAGCUGAAGUUAAAGAUAAAACCAUGCUGGCGAUGUUUCCCUGUCGCUACUGCUGCUACUGUUUCUGUUACUACUACUACUAAUACUACCAUUGGUACUACUACUGCCCUUGCAACUGCUGCUACUGUUACUACUACUACUACUAUUGGUACUACUAAUACUAAUACUACCAUUGGUACUACUGCUGCCCUUGCAACUGCUGCUACUGUUUCUGUUACUACUACUACUACUACUAUUGGUACUACUAAUACUACCAUUGGUACUACUACUGCCUUUGCUACUGCUGCUACUGUUUCUGUUACUACUACUACUAUUGGUACUACUAAUACUAAUACUACCAUUGGUACUACUACUGCCCUUGCUACUGCUGCUACUGUUUCUGUUACUACUACUACUAAUACUACCAUUGGUACUACUACUGCCCCUGCAACUGCUGCUACUGUUACUACUACUACUACUAUUGGUACUACUAAUACUAAUACUACCAUUGGUACUACUGCUGCCCUUGCAACUGCUGCUACUGUUUCUGUUACUACUACUAUUACUACUAUUGGUACUACUAAUACCACUGCCCCUGCUACUGCUGCUACUGUUUCUGUUACUACUACUACUACUACUAAUGGUACUACUAAUACUACUAUUGGUACUACUACUGCCCCUGCUACUGCUGCUACUGUUUCUGUUACUACUACUACUACUAAUACUAAUACUACUACUGCCCCUGCUACUGCUUGUGCUACAGCUACUGCCGCUUGUUCAUCCUUUACAUACCAGACUAUCUUCUGCAACUAA